GUAGGAUAUGAUGACGGAGUACUGUGUAUAUGGGCAGUGCGGCGAGGCACGCUGCUGGUGCGCCUGGUGCCGUGUGACGGCGCGCUGCACGCGCUGGCCACGCUCGCCCGCGGCGCCUUGUUGCUCGUCGCCUGCACGAGUGGCACGCUUAAAGUUUAUGACAUGAACGAAGUGAUUGCUAUCGACGAGUCUGCGCGUGAGGUAACGCCACUGAUGUGGGAAGAUGGCGCGCAUGAUCUUGGCGCGCUAUGCGCUGCGGCUAACGACGUGGGAGACGUAGCCGCCACUGGGGGGCACGACGCUCGCGUGCGCUUGUGGUGCGUGACCGGCGAAGCGAUAGAGAGACGCGUGACCGCCGGUGCAGUUCUCUGCGGGCACACUGCGGCGGUGACGUCACUGCACUGGGCGCGUGGUGGCUCCCUCGUCAGCGCGUCGCUUGACCGCACCGCCCGCCUGUGGGUGCCAUGCACACUCACCUGUCUCCGAGUCUUACACGCACACGCACGCUACCUUACGUGCGCCGUACUGUCGCCGGACUUACGUUUUCUACUUACGGGUUCAAACGACCGAACGGUGCGCACAUGGUCCUUGGGUGACUUCACAUUGGAAGACAAUAUCGAGCCUCCGUGUUCCAUUCUAACUCAUUUCGGUUUAGGUGACCUUGAGGGCAUCGAACCGGUAAACGAGGAAGCUCUAUACGAUGAAAGUGCUACUACUUCGGGAGACGACGCAGGUUUUAACGAGGCAGAACGACUGUGGUUUUCUAAAGAUAUACAUGUGGGCGCAAUCAACUCCAUCGCUACUUACAAGGACAUCCUUGUGACAGCUUGUAGCGAUGGUGCUGUGCGAAUUUUUCGUUGGAGUGAGCAACUUGAAACGUUGCUUUGUGAGCGCGUGCUGGCGGCUCAUCGCUACCCAGCAAUGUCGGUAGACCUCGGAGCCAGCGGCGCGAUGCUGCUCAGCGCGGGGCUGGACGGUCGCGCACGCCUCUGGGACGUUCAGGAGAAGGGUCGUCUUUUAUGCCAGGGUGCACGUUCCAGCGUGUACGAGGCGUUCGAGAGUGCGGCGAUGUGCUGCGCGUGGGCAGUGAACGGACGCGUGGGCGCAGCGGGUGCAGCGGGUGGUGAGCUGCGCGCGCUGGUACCGCCACCCGCCGCUGCAUCGCUGUGCACGCACCGCGCUGCGCACGACCUCGGCGUGCUAAGCUGCGACUUCGCGCCGAAAGAAAACUGGAACAAAUCUAAUACAUACACGUUGGCGUCGGCUGGUCGGGAUGCAUUAGUGAAAAUAUGGAAGAUCCAACUCGAAGAAGACACGAGCGGAGAGACAAGCGCCACUAUGUGCUUACUCUGUUGCCUAGAAGCUCAUGGUGCGGCUGUUGAAAGUGUUAGGUUUGGAGUGGGCGAAUAUGAAUCAGUGCAUCUGGCCACUAGUGGCGCGGAUGGGUGGGCGCGAGUUUGGCGUCUUGCUGCCGAUGGUCGAACAGAAGCUCUAGCCGCGGUGCCAGUUGGCGGUGCCACUGGUGCCACGGCAGCCACCCUUCUCGGUACUUCCGUGCUGGUGGCCGGAACUUUGACUGGUGAACUAACCUUGUGGCGACUACCAGCAACCGUCGAAGUUGGCAAUGAACUGACUGAUGACGAAGGAGAUGAUGGCGCUGAACCACGCCAUUGGGGCGUUUCAGGAGUUGUGAAAUGGCUGCGCGAAUAUAUCACACGUAUUCCUGGCGCUGAAGUGAGCAUUGACACGGAGAUGACGCUGGUGCAACGAGCACGUGACGCCGGGCUCACAGGAGCGCAGCUGCUGGACGAUCCUGUCGACGAGCUGAUGCACUUACUUCUACCACCAUGUAAAUUUACUGAAGAUUUGGAAAAAAACACAAAUUUAGACGAUAAAGACGACUUUGAAGAAUAUAAUAAAUCAGAAGCAGAAUUUGAAGAAAAACUGGAUGUAUCAGACAUUGAUUUGGAUGUAGAAGCAAAUAAACAACUGCGCACCCGACUUCAAGAUGAGCUUCGGUGGUUGCGACGAGAACCUCCCAAUGUGAAACUCGAGGCGUGCGCGCCACACGUGCUGCGCUGCGCGAUGACACACGCGUUGCUGCGCGAACCCGCGCGCGCCGCCGACGGAUUCUCCUACGAGCGGGCUAACAUACUCGACUACUUCUUUGCUGCUGGCAAGUUUCUUACUACCAUUUAUAGACUUCUAUGCAUAUAA